CAUCCUCUUCAUCAUGUUCACUAAGGCCGUCAUCGCUCUAGCCCUUGUGGCCGUCACCCUGGGUGCUCCUUCACAGCCUUCCUACGGAUAUGCUCCUCCUGCCACCUAUGAUGCUCCUGCCAAGUACGACUUCAACUACGCCGUGAAGGACGACUACUCCGGCAACGACUUCGGUCACCAGGAGGCCCGUGAUGGCUAUGACACCCAGGGAUCCUACUUCGUCCUCCUUCCCGACGGUCGUCUGCAGAGGGUCACCUACACCGUCAACGGCGACUCAGGCUACGUAGCUGAGGUCAGCUACGAGGGUGAGGCCCAGUACCCCGAGUACAAGCCUGCUCCUGCCUACAACCCUGCCCCUGCCUAUAAGCCAGCCCCUGCUUACAAGCCAGCCCCUGCUUACAAGCCCGCCCCCGCUUACAAGCCUGCCCCUACUUACGCCUAAAUGAAACAAAUAUGACUAUAUUUAUAGUGAAUAUUUAUUAAACGAAAAC